CUAUAUGGAUUCACUGAUACAAUGUCACCAUGAAAGUGCAUAGGUUGAUAGAUCCUUUCUACCUAUUUCAAUGUUCGUGUCCUUUUACCGUUUGAGAAUUUUGUGAUUGAGUGUUCGUAUGUUGAUCUUUUGAAGAAUUUAUUUGAUUGUGUAUUACAAAAUAAAAUGAAACCUUUAAUGUUACACGGGCACGAACGUGCCAUAACAAAGAUUAAAUACAAUAGAGAAGGGGAUUUAUUGUUUUCUUCAAGCAAAGACAAAAAACCAAAUGUUUGGUACUCUUUAAAUGGGGAACGUCUUGGAACUUUUAAUGGUCACAAUGGUUCAGUAUGGUGUAUUGAUGUCAAUUGGGACACAACUAGAUUUAUAUCUGGUAGCGGUGAUAACUCAUUGAGAGUUUGGGAUUGUCAAACUGGCAAAGAAAUAGGUCAACUUCACACAAACAGUUCAGUAAGAACAUGUAGCUUUAGUUAUUCAGCAGAUCUUGCUGUAUAUUCUACAGAUAAAGCUUUAGGACAUCAGUGCGAGAUGUUCAUUAUAGACAUCAGAAAUGUUGAUGGACAGUUGUCACAAGAAGAUGCAAUUUCUAGAAUUUCAGUUCCUGGUCCCAGAAUCUCUGCUAUUUUAUGGGGUGCUCUAGAUGAAACAAUUAUUACUGGACACGAAGAUGGUGAAAUUACUCUUUGGGAUGUGAGGACAAGGAAGAAACUGUCCAGUGUUGCGAGUCACAAAUCUCAAAUCAAUGAUAUGCAGUUCAAUAAGGAUGGCACAAUGUUUGUAACUGCAUCAAAAGAUAACACAGCAAAAUUGUUUGACAGUGAAUCAUUAAUGUUAUUGAAGACGUACAAAACAGAGAGGCCUGUGAAUUCUGCCACAAUUUCUCCUAUUUUUGACCAUGUGGUUCUUGGUGGUGGUCAAGAUGCUAUGGACGUAACAACAACAUCCACGCGUCAAGGGAAAUUUGAUUCACGAUUUUAUCACUUGGUAUUCGAAGAAGAGUUCGCGCGUUUGAAGGGACAUUUCGGUCCAAUUAACUCUCUAGCUUUCCAUCCUAAUGGUCGGAGCUUUUCAACAGGUGGAGAAGACGGUUAUGUUCGCAUUAACACAUUUGAUCAAUCAUACUUCGACUUCCAUUUUGAAUAUUAAUUUUUGCGAAGCAGAAAAAUAAAUAUGUAUUAAAUAAACGAAUAAUGUAAAUUAUUUUGUUCCCUUAACAUUCAUUGAAAUCGCAGUCUCGA